AUGUCUACCGGAGGACAAGCGCUACAGGUGUGGACCGAGGAAUAUGCCACAGCUGCCGAAGCCCGAAAAGUGGAAGAAGAGGCACAUAUAAUCGGCCGGCUUGGAAUGCUUGGGGCGAGACAAUCGAACUGGGGUCGCGUCGUCUUCCAGGAAAGCACGAAAGAGAGUCUUCGCUGUUCGGGAACCACUGGUUUUGCAAGGACGACACGUUAUGUUUUUGAUAUCGCUGGCGGCUCGGACGCUCCUCACUUCCGGCUGAAGCCGAUUCAGAAGCCCAAGGAAGCGUGCGAAUGCCUGUUGGCACACCUCCGCAUCCCAGAACCGCCUAUUCGGAAGCGAUCGCUCCAAGUACGGCUCGCCUUAACUCAGUCCGUGAGCCUGUCACCUUACAACAAGAGACUCCAGCAGAGCCUCCACCUCCCUACUCUCGUUCUGAGAGUCGUGAUACCGUUCCUUCUAUUUCAGAGCGGUAUCAAGGGCUACUACUUCGUGCCCCUAGCGCCUACUAUCGUGGCCUUGAUCUCCCUCCACCAACUCCCCUUCCUGAGCCAGUCCCCAACACACCUGAGUAGGACGCAGAAGGGUGGCUACCAGUGCCUCGGCUGCACUGUGAAAACUUACGACGACGAUUCGGCCUUUCGAGUCCACCAUACCGGCUUCGAGACCGACAAUAAUGCGAAACGCGCCGAAGCCAGAGCCUGGAAGGACUGGGUGAACCUCCCCUUCAAGGCAAAGACGUCAGGUAAUCUAGAUGGUCUCAAACAAUUGGGGUGCGAACGUUAUUUGCAGCGAUUGGCACCGCUCACCUUUAUGCUGGAUCGACUGCCGCCGUUCCUGACCGUAAGCUAUGGACUCGAGCAGAUAAGCGCGCAGGCAUGA